AUGCCCGUUUGGGAUCAUUAUUUUACUGGAAACUCUCUCUUUCUCUCUCUCUCUCUCUCUUUCUCUCUCUCUUCCCUCUCUCUCUUUCUCUCUGUCACUUUCUCUCUCUCUUUCUCUCUCUCUUCCCUCUCUCUCCCCUCCUCUCUCUUCCCCUCUCUCUCUCUUUCCCUCCCUCUUUUCCCUCUCUUCCUCUCUCUCUUUCCUUCUCUCCCUCUUUCUCUCUCACUUUCUGUCUCUGUUUCUGUCUCUUUCUUUCUCUCUCUCUUUUCCUCUCUCUCUCUCUUUCCCUCUCUCACUCUCUUUCCCUCUCUCUCUCUCUCUCUCUCUUUCCCUGUCUUUCUCUUUCCCUCUCUCUCUUUCUAUCUCUCUUUCCCUCUUUCUCUCUUUCUCUCUCUCUUUCCAUCUCUCUCUCUUUCUCGCUUUCUUUCUCUCUCUCUUCCUCUCUCUCCCCCUCUCUUUCUCUCUCUCUUUCUCUCUCUUCUCUCUCUCUUCCCUCUCUCUCUCUCUCUCUCCCUCUCUCUCUCUCAGGCGGUAUGUGAGAAACUUCUCAACGCUCCAUCGUGA